AUGGCCGCUGUCGCUGCUGCUACUGAACCUGUUCUCGAUGACGCCAAAAACGGCCUUAGCGUUGCUGCCACUCCCGCCGAUGUAGAGGAUACGACAGCGUCUAAGAAGAAGAAGAAGAACAAGAAGAAGAAGGGCAAGAAGAACGCUGCUGCAGAAGCUGCUCCCGCCGCCGCCGCCGCCACCGAGACUCCUGGUGAGUCUCAAGAGGCUGACGACGACGUCAAGGCCGAGGACGAGAAAGCGCCCGAAGCUGCCGACAAACCUGUCGAGGAGGUCAAGGCGGACGCAGUAGCCGAAUCUACACCUGAAGCUCCCGCCGAGGUCGCGCCGCCUGUCGAGGAAAAGGCUGUCGAGGAGAAAGCAGAAGAGCCCUCCGUGACCGAGUCUGCUCCUGAACCACCCAAAGAACAAGCAGCCGAGUCCAGCGAGAGCCCAGCGGAUGCGCCUGUCGAGGAGCAGAAAGAGCCAGAAUCGAAGCCUGCCGAGGCUGCCGAAGAACAUGCUCCGGUAGAGCCCACUGAAGCUGAGCCGGCCACGGAAGAGUCUGCUCCCGAACCUGCUGCAAAGGAAGAGGCACAACCUGCUGAAGAGACUGCUACUGUAGAGGGGCAGGCCCCCGAAUCGAAGGAGUCAGAGGUCCCGGAAGCUGCAGCAGAGUCGAACACGGUUGAACCGGUAGCUGCAGCUCCAGAGCCCGAGUCGCAGGAGACCGAAGCAGCUAACACUACACCUGAAGCUCCUGUUGAGACUGCCACUGCCGAAGAAGUUUCACCACCGGCCGAGGAGGAGGCUAAGGACGAGCCAGUUGUUCAGGAAACAGCUGAAACGGUCGAACCAUCCACCGAGAAGGCCGAGUCCGCGCCGGAACCAGCGGUCGCCGAAGCUCCCAGCACUGAGGAGCCUAAGGAAGAGCCUAAGGAGGAAGCUAAAGAGAAGCCAGAGGCUGUCAACACUGUUGACGAAGCUGAAUCUAUCGCGCCCGCCUCUGACGAGCCUGUCGCAAAGGAGGAGGAACCUACCGUGGAACAACCUGUUGAAACCACGGGAAAUGCCAAGGAAGCCGCAGCUGAACCAGUUGUAGAAGCUUUUACCAAGGAACCGACUGCUGAGACCCCUGAGGAACCAGCCGCCACCACGGAAGAAGCCGCUCCUGAGCCAGUCAAGGAAGAAGCACCUGUUAAACCCUCCGAACCAGCUGUUGAGCCAGCUGCUGAGGAAGAAAAGACAGCCGAACCGUCUGAACCAGUUGUGGCUGCCGUCGAACCGACUGCUGCAGCCACCGAAGCAGUAGAAGAACCGGCUGCUGAGACGACACAAGCUACGGAAGAAACUGCGCUAGCUGAGGAACCUGAGGCUGCUGUAGAGGCUAAAACCGAGCUAGUUGCUGAAUCUGCUAAUACUUCCGACGAGAAGCCUGCUGAAGCAGCCCCAGAGACCUCGGAAGCACCUGCUGAGAAGACGGCCGACGUUGCUGAAGAUUCAGAAGACAAAGAGACGGCUGUGGAAGAAUCUAAGCCUGAAGCUGUUGAAACGACAGAGCCUGCUGCCGCUGAUGUUCCGGUUAAAGAAACGCCUGACGAGAAAGCCGCAGACGAGCCAGAACCCUCUCUAGAGAAAGCCGAGACCUCGACCGAAACCGUUGAACCUACACACGAGCCGGUCGAACAACCCACUGAAGUAGCAGAAGAGCCCGCAAAGGAGCAAGCCGCCGAGCCAGCUCCAGCUGUGGAGGAGUCUGCCAUCGAAGUUGCGGCCACGGAGGCACCCAAAGAAGCACCUGCUGCUCCAGCUGUGGAAGAAACAGUCGAUCAGACUGCUGCCGAACCCGUCGAGGCCGCAGAGCCUGUUGCCGAAGCUGCCGAAGAAUUCGCCAAGGCAGAGGAAGAGCCUGUCACUGAGGCUAAGGAAGCUCCUAUUGAAGCACCUGCGACCGAAGAGACACCGGCUUCCACCACAGAGGCGGCAGUGGAACCAGCUGUAUCGGAAGCUGUUGAAGCCGUAGCCGAAGCCGAACAACCUGAAGAGAAACCCGAGGAACCUGCGGCAGUAGAGGCAGUCAAGGAGUCUUCUACGGAACCAGCCACAGAAGCUGCUGCUCCUGAACCAGUCGAGCAUUCAGAAGCCGAAAAGCCCACUGAGAAAGCUGUCGAAGAAACCGCGGCAGCCGAACCAGCUACAUCAGAAGCGGUUGAAGCUGCAGCUGAAGUUGAACAACCUAAAGAGAAAUCAGAGGAACCUACGGUAGUCGAGGCAGUCGAGGAGUCUUCUGCUAAACCAGCCACAGAAGCUGAGAAGCCCGUCGAGGAAGCUAUCGAAGAACCUGCGGCAGCCGAACCAGCUGCAUCAGAGGAAUCUGCAGCAGUCAAGGAGUCUUCGACGGAACCAGCCAAGGAAGCUGCUGCUCCCCAGCCAGUCGAGCCAGUCGAGCCUUCAGAAGCCGAGAAACCGACCGAGGAAGCUGUCGAAGAACCUGCGGCAACCGAACCGGUUGAAGAACCCUCCGCUGUUGAAGCAACCGCUCCUCAGGUAGCCGAACCAGAAGCUGUCGAGGAACCUGUCAAGGAAGCAGCCACCGAAGUCGAAGCACCCAAGCCCGCUGCUCCUGAACCAGCUGAGCCUGAAGCCGAGAAACCCACUGAGGAAGCUGUCGAAAAACCUGCGGCAGUAGAACCGGUUGAAGAACUCGUCGCUGGUGAAGUAACUGCCCCCGAGGCAGUCGAACCAGAAGCUGUCAAAGGAGCGGCUACCGAAGUCGAAGAACCCAAGCCUACUGAGGCUGAGCCUAGUCAAGAACCCGUCGAGACCGUUUCUACCGAGGAGGUCAAGGAAGUCGCCGUCGAGGAACCAACCCCCGUCACUGCAGCUGCUGAGCCUCAAAGUGCAGAAGAACCAGCCGCCAAGCCAAGCGAAGCACCGAUCGAGCAACCCUCUACCGAAACCAUAGAAGAGAAGACCGGCGAACCUGCUGUCGAGGCUGUAAAGGAGGAACCUGCUGAGCCUGCAGCCGCCGUCGACGAGACUCAAGUCCCCGAAGUGCUCUCGACAGAAGCCACGGUCGAAACUGCCGCCAAGGAAGUCCCAGAGCCAGCUUCGGAAGCUACUGAAGCAUCUUUUGAGCCUGUGGCUCCUGCCGAGGAACCUGUUGAAGGAACCAAAGCUGCUGAGCCUGUUGAGCCUACCAUCGAAAAGGAGGAGCCUGUUGAAGAAGUCAAGGCUUCCGAAUCUGUCGAGGAACCGGUCGAAGAGACUCAAGCUACAGACGUGCCUUCUACAGAAGCCCCGGCUGAGCCCACUGUCGAGACAGUGAUAGAGCCCACCCCAGAAGAUACUGAGGCACCUGCUGAAGAACCCAAGGCAGAGGAGCCUGUUGAGGAAGUCAAGGCUUCUGAACCUGUCGAGGCGACUGUUCAGGCAACUGAAGAAGCUAAGACUGCAGAGACUACUGAGACUACUGAGACGCCUUUAGAGACCGUUGAAGCCGAAGCCACUGACAAAGCACCCGAGGUUGAAGAAAUCAAGGCCGCUGAGCCAGUGGAAGCACCUGUCGAAGCACCUGUCGAAGCCACUGACGAAGCACCCGAGGUUGAAGGAACCAAGGCCGCUGAGCCAGUCGAAGCACCAGUCGAUGCACCAGUCGAGGCGCCAGUCGAUGCAGCUGUGGAAGCACCCGUUGAAGCACCUGCUGAGGCAGCUGUGGAGGAACCUGUCGAAGAGACCAAGGCUAAAGAGGUUCCUGCUGCAGAUGAAGUUGAAUCCGCUGCAGAACCCAUAACAGCACCUGCUGAGUUCGAGGCUGUGGAGGAGAAGCCUGUAGAAGCACUCGUGGAAGCACCUGUGGAAGCACCAGUCGAUGCACCAGUCGAGGCGCCAGUCGAUGCAGCUGUGGAAGCACCCGUUGAAGCACCUGCUGAGGCAGCUGUGGAGGAACCUGUCGAAGAGACCAAGGCUAAAGAGGUUCCUGCUGCAUCUGAAGUUGAACCCACUACAGAACCCGUAACAGCACCUGUUGAGGUCAAGGCUGUGGAGGAGAAGCCUGUCGAGGCCGUGAAUGAGGGCCCUGCCGAAACUGUUCAAGAAACCCCCGCUCAGCCUACCGAAGAAAAGACAACCGUUGAAGAGCCCACAAAUUCUCAGGAAGAAACCGCUGAAAAAGUCGAAGAGUCCGAGGCACCAUCCACUUCCGAGAAGGUAGGAAUUGCUGCCGGUGUUGUAGCUGGUGCUGGGGCCAUUGCGGCUGCAGCUGUGGUUGCUUCUGACAAGACCGCGGAAGGAAAGCCCAAAGAGAAGACCCCCGAGCCUAUUGAAGAGCCCUCCAAGGUUGAUCACGUGGAAGCCUUACCGGUCAAGGCUGAAAAAGCAGAGCCUGUCGCCGAAAUUAAAGAACCAGCUCCUGCCGAAAAGUCUGUGACCGACGUCCAAGAAACCCCCGUUGUCAAUGGCGACAAAGCUGUCCCAGUUGAGGAACAAGUUCCAGAAGCCCCAGCGGUUGAAGACAAAAAGGAGCUAGUCCCUGUUGCUGAAGAUAAGCCUACAGUGACCAAAGCGCCUUCCAAAGAGUUCGGCUCAGACGCUCUUCACGCUAUUGAGGCUGUUGGUGGCGCUGGGGCUGUAGCGGCGGCAGUAGCAGUUGUAUCGGAGAAUACCAUUGCCUCUGGUUCCAAGGAAUCACAGCCCAAGGAAGCUGUUGUCGAAGAUCAGAAGACUGAGACUGUUCCCAUCCCUACCAUUGAAGCUCCAUCGGAGGGCGCAGAUGGAAAGAAAGCAGUUGACGUUAAAGAGCCACCGACUCCUGAGCCCGAAGCCGACCCAGCCCUGCAGUUGCUUGCUAAAGACCGCGAGACACUCCUUAAACAACUGGGAGGCUCCGUCUCUGCGCUGAAUUUGCUUGGUGACAGCACUGCGGCCGGAGAGCGCAUCAAGUCCUUUUGCCAGGAGAGUUACGUCUCAGAGCCUGCUGGGCCUUCGGCAACAAACGAAACAGAAGCUGCGCCUUCUUCCUCCAAACCUGCAAAGGAUGAUGGCAAGCCCCAGAAAGAUGAUGACACAAGAUCAACUGCAGGGGGUUCGGCGACAGCUAUUUCAUUGAAAUCGGAAAAUUGGUUGAAGGCUAUCUUCCGCUCAAUUUGGAAUACAAUCUUUGGCAACUUUUUUGGUAUUCGCCGAGGCAGAUCUGCAGAAUAA